CUUCAUGUGUGUGUAAAUCUGGCGCGUGCGGACAAAAUACAUGCGAGGUGAAGGCUUCUACGACGAAAGAGACUAUGCGAAACGGUAAUAACGUUUUGUUUGUUCACGCGUCACUGGUGUUAACUGUUGUAGCGCUACACCAUAGCACAUUUCGACUUGAUCGUCUGCUUCAAUGCCACACACACCACUCUUCCGAUCUGCAAGGCGAGGAGGAAGGGAGAGAAGUGCAUCCUCAGUGCUACACCCUGGUGUUGAAAGAGAGCGACGAAAAUAAAAGCGAAAGAAGCGGAUAUGACGUAGUCGUAAAAUGAUUAGAAGAACUGUUGGUCCACUUACAUUAUUAUGACUCAGUUGGUCGCUUCUGUAGUGAGUUAUUUCUUGGCUGUUCUCAGGAGAUGAUGUAAAUUAUGCGAUUAACUACGCCGAUCGUCUGCAAGGGAAUCCCAGAGAGCGUACGUCUGACAAAUACCGAGGAAGCGACGACGCCUCGUCUGAUCGAAGUUGUCGGUGCCCGCAGUUGGGUCCUUUCUUAACGUUUAGGCCUAGCUACUCGGACGUCGUCGGACACUCAGCCAACGUCCCGUCUGUGCAUAAAUCGAGUGGGCGUCUUCGUGCGGUCACAAUCGUCGACCGCAUUUUACGUGGGCUCAGGCAUGUCUCCGUCGUGAAACGUUGCCACCAUGAGAGAGUUCAAAGUGGUCGUGCUGGGCAGUGGUGGUGUGGGCAAAAGUGCCCUUACUGUGCAGUUCGUGCAGGGAGUGUUCACCGAAAAGUACGACCCAACCAUCGAGGAUUUCUACCGCAAGGAAAUCGAGGUAGACCAGGCCCCGUGCGUGCUGGAGAUCCUCGACACGGCCGGCACGGAACAGUUCGCGUCGAUGCGGGACCUGUACAUCAAGAACGGCCAGGGGUUCGUCGUUGUGUACUCCAUCACCAGUCACCACACAUUUCAGGACAUUAAGAACAUGAAGGAGCAGAUCCUUCGCGUGAAAAAUGCGGACAGAGUGCCUGUGCUACUCGUGGGCAACAAGUGCGAUCUGGAUCACCAACGCGAGGUGACUGUCGCCGAGAUGGAAACGCUAGCUCAGGUGUGGGGCUGUCCGUGCAUGGAAGCCUCGGCAAAGAACAGGUGCAAUGUGAACGAAAUGUUCGCCGAGAUUGUCCGGGAAAUGAACGUGGUACCGCCCAAGGAAAAAUAUCACUAUCGAUGCUGCUCUCUACUUUAGCUGCAGGGUCUAUUCCGUUCUUGGGAGCCACACCAGUGGAGGGACAACAAUCACGCAAGCUUCGUCGUUUUUGCCAAGCCUUGUUAAGAAAAUGGGGAGUGCGACAUUUCCUCAGAGCCGUACGACCCUCCCCGACUUCCCACACAUCCAUCCUUUUUAUGUUAUGUGUUUUUCUAUGUGUGCAAAAACUGUGUCGAGGUGGAAACAACAUCGUGGCAAAAAAGAGAAAGAACAAUGUAGGUGCCUUCCAUUUUUCCUCAAUACUUUUUUUUUUUUUUGUCCUCCGCUCUGUAGGGGCUGCAGCGGACAGUAGGUUUAAUCGAGUGCAAUAAGCUUGCAGAAAGAGCAACGCAGUGAUGCCCAGUGUUCUUCGAGGAGGGAAAAGGAGCUGGAGUUACAUCAGUCCUUCACGGUUAAAAGGCAGCUCCAGCGCCGACUCAAGUGACCUAAGCUGCGGUGAUAUUCCGAAUGAUCAGAUGCGAUUGUGCUCUAUCUGGUAGCUGCUUUUCUAAAGAUUGUACGACGAUAUUUAGGUGUCGUCAGGAACAAAGAGCACGUCAUGAGGCCAGGCGCCAUUUGAUAAGAGGCACGCUUGCCUAACAGGAAGUGUGGGAGUCCACAUCGUACGGGUCUUUCGAGACAAGCUGGUGUUUCCUCUGUUAAGUCUGUUAUCGGAGCAGCUACCGCAAAUUCUGCGGAAACGUUUUUGCGGAGCGACAUCAGUUAUGUAUCUCGGAAUAAUGCGGUUCGUACUUUUUUUUUUUUUUUUUUCCGUGAUCGUGCUGGAGCUGCCUUUCAAACGGGACGCGUACGAAAUAAUCCGUAUUAUCUGGGCAGCAUUUCCAACAUUGCUUUCCCCCCUCCCGUAAGGCAAUUGGGGUUUCCUUCACCUUUUGAAUGUGCCAGAGACUUUUUUUUGAGGCAGCAGUGGGAGGCGCCUAGUCACGGCUUAUCAAAGACUUUAUUAUUUUACGAGGGAAGCCAUUGCCCGUUCUUUUAGGUAGAGAAAAAGCUUAAAGAAAGCGAGCGAGCGAGCAAACGUCGUGCCUCAUUUGAUGUGCAUUACUUUUAUGUGCAUUACAUUUACAUGGUCUCUUGUAUUUCGAUGUCAAAGUUGCUUGGGUGCAAGGCAGAAAUGGCAUUUUAUCUCGCUGACAAAGUAUAUAUUUCAUAAUGCGUGUACCACAAGGAUUGUUUCUUGAAUUGUUUCAACUUCAUCCCGACUUUUUAUUCUGUUGGAUCGUUACGAAAAAUAGAUCGGCACGUUACCAUGAUGCACAGUUUCCAUGUCGCAAAAGUGUUACAUUUGGCACUCUGUGUGCAUGCAAAAUAACGGACGAAGGUCUGGAACAUGACAUGUCAUUCCUGCCAGGUGCUGGAAUGUGGGAUCAUGGUUUUCAAAUGCUUUAUACUUCCUGUAGUCAUGCAGUAAGUUAUGUGGCCUUGACAGUUUUUAUAUAAUUGUAAAAGAACAACAGCGACGAGGCAAACUCCUUGAACGGACGGUUAUUCACACGCGCCAUUCUCAGUCAGAACUAUGAUAAAAAGAAGCAGUAUUCAUGUUUUAAAGCAUGCACAGCACAAAGUAUUAAAAAAAAAAAAAAAAAAAACUCAGUCCAUGCCAUUGGCAUGUUUACACUUGAAACUCAGUGCUGUGUGACGUUCUGUACACAUACCUAGGACUUUUUAUACUACUAAAACUCGUAGCUGCUUUAAGCAAGCAUAUCAAAGCUUUUGGUUUACAUCUGUUCAUACGUACGUAGCAUCUGCUUCUAACAGCUCAACAAUUCUCUGUCAGGAUAGAGAGAGGGGAGCAUAAUUAAAUGCAUUACGUUUUUUGCGAGGUAUUGUGAAAAAAAAAAAAGUUUGUUCCAAAAUGAAAAAAAAAAAAGUUUUUUUCGUGUUAUGUGACGUGGAGUGUUUUCUGUUAUUGUGCACAACCAGUCCUACGUGUCAUUUGCAAAAUAGAGUGGUUAUCAGAUGCGCCGCGGUGGUCACCUUAUUGUGACACACGGCGCAGCUGCCCCAAUAAACCAGAAAAAACGGCCAAUAUUGAACCAACUUCUGCUGCUGCCUUUGUAAUAACAACCCUGUAGAGAUACAAGUGAAUAAAGUUUUUAACAUGUAACAUUCUAUACAAAA